AAAGAAUACUUGGAUGCAAAAACUGCUCUCCGCGACUGGAAAUAUCGAUACCCCAGAAAGAUUGUCAAUCCCAAUCCAGCAAAAAGUCCAACAGCAUUUAACCAUAAUCUCUGUCUCCUACCCCUCUUUAAUGCUUCAGAAUAUCUCAUUGUCGAGAAGCUUAUCAUCGCGUAUAGCGGUAGAAAACUUCUUGGGAACAUCCAAUGUAAACAAUCCUCAAUUCUUUUACGAACCAAGUAUAAAGGAUUUACUACACCUGACCUCAUUUCAAU